AUGGCUGUAGGGAAGAAAGAGAAAAAUGAAGAACAUAAGUUCCAGAAGAACGUUCAGAAGGCACUCAAAGAGGUAAAACAUAAAUCUGGAGAUGUUGUACUCAGCGAAAGUGAAGUUUCUAAUGUAAGUUGUUUUAUUUUUUGUUUUGUUUGACUUUUAGGUGAUGAAGAAGAUAUCAAAAAAUGUGUGGCUAGCAAUUUACAGGUUUUUGAAUGUUAUAUAUAACUAUAUUUUGUGAAAUAUAUUAAUUAUGAAGUACUGAAUUUACGAGAUUUUAAGCCAUAUCUUCUUUCUAACCUAAAACCUCAAGCUCUCAAGCCUAAAUCACCUUGUUUUAGGUCCUAUUUGCUGUGCAUACAAGUUUCAAAGCAGCAGCGAUGUUUCCGGAUGUUCAGCAAUGCUUUUCUUCUUUAGAUUCAUCUGCUGAACUUGUUGUAUAUCCAGAGCAAUGUGAAUAUAAGAAUUAUAUUUUUAUUUGUUGUUCUUCGACGGAAAAGGCCCAGAACGUUAGGGAAAAGUUGAAUGGAACAAGGCCUGAAUGGUUGAAACAAAGCACGAUGCCGUUUUAUAUUUGUUACGCCAAUAAAAGUAAGUUUUGGGUUGAAAAGGAAGGAUAACAUUGGUUUUUGGUGGAGACGGUCAUGGAUAAUAUACCUUUUGAGCUUUUUUAGGGCUUUUUUGAGGAAAAUUGAUUUUUAUUAGUUAGAGGAUAUACUGCUUAAUGUUUGUGGACAGUUUUUGUUAUGUUAGAGCUAAUUAUAUUGUUUUAGUACCUCAAAAUGAUGUUGAGUUACCAAAGGGCCUGAAGGUGGUAGAAAAUGCAGUGUCAGAGGAAAUGGAACAAAAGUUGUUGGAAUUGGUCGAUCAGUCAUCACCUUCUGGCAAGUUUAAUAUUGUUUUUAACUGGAUUUUAAUAUUUUACUUCAUAUAAAUCUUUUAGGCUUAAAAAAUGUUUUAGGCUUAACUUUAGGCUUAUUUAUAAUAAGUUAUGCCAUUUUAAUCAUAUUUUGAGCUAAAAAUUUAAAAAAAUGAUUUAUUUUCUAGAAAUCUUAAAAAACCGUACAGUAAUCCACUACGGCCAUGUAUUCGACUACAGUAGUAACACAGCGAUGAGUGUCUCAUCAGAUACGAUACCAACAUUACUAACCGAUCUCUUGGAAGAAUAUCGACAGAAAGGCUACAAAAUCGACCGAACCUUUGAUCAAGUAACGAUAAACGUAUAUGAGCCAGGACAAGGUAUACCAAUGCAUGUUGAUACUCAUUCAGCAUUUGAGGAACAUCUAUUUAUCAUCAAUUUGUGCUCGGAUAUUGUUAUGAAGUACAGAGAUUGUGCUAAUAAUGCCACGAGUAUUGAUGUUCUGAUGCCGAGAAGAGCUAUUGUGUUCAUGGAGGGGGCUUCUAGGUACAAGUAUAAACAUGGGUAAGGUGGUUUUGGAUUUUGUGAAUUUAGGCUUAGUUGUAUAUUAAAAUAAAUUUUAGGCUUAAUUUUAGACUAACAAUGAAUUUUAGGCUUAUUUUGAUCAAACCUUUAAUUUAAACCUAAAAUAAUAUAAUUAUCAAUAAAAAUUUAAAUUUUCAGAAUCUUGAACAGAAGGUACGACGUCUCACCGGUCGAUAACAAGCUAUUGGAACGUCAAAAACGAGUGUCAAUAACGUUCCGCACGGUGCGCAGAAGGCCUUGUGAAUGUGAUUUUCCAGAAUUUUGUGAUUGGGACAGGAAUGGCGAAAUGGCCAAGCCUCAAGCUGAUGGAGAUGCCAAGAAGUUGGAAACCAAAUAUGUCAAUGAGGUAUAUGUUAUGCUUUGUAUGUUAUACUUGUACUAGGAGUGAGAAACGGGUUGUGUAGGCCUGGUUUGGCGUUAUGAUUGGGCCGGGCCGGCUUUUAGCUAAAAUUAAAACGGGCUGGGCUUAAAAUUUGGGUUAGUAUAGCGCGCUGGGCUUGAAAAGUAGGCCCGGGCCUUAGUUUUAAAAUUUUAAUUUUUUUUAUAAACAGGCCAGGCUUAGCAUAGCAUUUUUUAACCGGGCCGGGCUAGUCUAAAAGAAAAUGAUAAAGGGUUUGGUCUAACUGUUGGGCUUUGGGCCUGAGCCGGGCUUCAAAAGUAGACCCGGACCGUUUCGCACUCCUAACUUCUACUAUUUCGUCAAGUAACAUACUAUAAUAGCAUCCACACUUCUUGAUGUCAUAUAAUUUUUUCUAUACUUUUUGAUGUCAUUUUACUUAUUUUAGGUUUUCAUACUUGUCAUUUCAGGUCUACGAAAGCAUAGCAGGCCACUUCGACAUUACUCGCUUCUCAAAAUGGCCGGCUUUUUCAAAUUUCUUGUCUUCAUUCCCCGAAUAUGCGCUAACUCUGGACGCAGGCUGCGGAAACGGCAAAUAUUUGGUUGGGGACGAGAAGUUGGUCAGGGUGAGUUGGUACUAAGGUUUAUAGAUAUUUAUUGUCUGAGCAUGCCGUCAGGAGCAGAAUUUUUUUUUGAAAAAGUUAAGCUUGGUCCCCCCUGUCGUUUUUUUUGAAAAAAAAAUUUUUUUGGUUUUUCUUUUCCCCCUAUUUUCUUUCCUCCAUCUGCUCGAAAUUACCCACCCGGCCUUACAUUGCAUUUCCAACCUUCUAAAACCUUACUUUAGAUAGGCUCCGACAUCUGUGAAGGCCUCUUAAAAAUAGCGUACCAAAAAUCUUGUCCAGUGGUACGAUGUGACAAUUUGGGGCUAGCCUUCAGAUCAAAAUCCUUUGACGGAGUUUUCUGUGCGGCUGUAAUACAUCACUUUUCAACGGAAGAUCGUCGUAUUUUGGCAUUAAAGCAGAUAAAACGGGUUUUGAGAAUUGGAGGAAGGGCAUUGGUUAGUGGCUGGGCCAUGGAUCAGGGCCAGAGUCAUUAUGAAAAAAUGCGGAAGAACAAAAAAUUGGAGGAGAAUGAAGGUAAGAUACAGAUGUUAGGCUUAAUUUGGAUUUAGGAAAAUGAUUUUGAGCGUAUUUUGAGAUGGAAGACUAUUUUUAGGCUUAUCUUGGUCUUAAACUGAUUAUUAGCUUUAUUUAGAACUAAAAGUGAUUUUCAGGCUUAUUUCGAAAUAAACAGGAAUUUCUAGGCUUAUUUUAAGUAAAAAUGAUUUUUAGGCUUAUUUUGAAUUAUAAAUGAGUUUUAGGCUUAUUUUGACCUAAAAAAUGUUUUUAGGCUUAUUUUGACUCAAAAAUAUUUUUAGGCUUAUCCUUUGUCAAAAUUGAUGUUUUAGGCAUACUUUUUUAUUUUAAGUGAUUUUUAGGCUUAUUUUAUGCCAAAAAUAAUUUUAGGCUUAAAUCUCUUAAAAAAGUUUCAUUCCAGACGUAGACCCAGCCGAAAACCCGACCAACCGUCUAGUCGUACACGACGGUACCAUAUUCACACAGCAAGACAUGCUAGUACCAUGGGAAUCGAACAAAAAGUCCCAAGAAGAGGCCCAAUUCCUACGAUAUUAUCAUUUGUUUGUAGAAGGAGAGAUGGAUGAAUUGGUCAAGAAAGUGGACGGAACAAGGCUUGUUACCUCGUUUUAUGAACAAGGCAAUUGGUUUGUCGAGUUUGAACGAACUUCUUAA